AAAAUAAAAAAGUUGGCUGUACUGUACAGUUUUCAAUUCCGAUUCAAAUUCCAAUUCAUUAUUUAUUUGCUUUACUUUAUUGCCAACCUCUCUCCUCUCCCUUCAGCCUCAGCCUCAGCCUCAGCCUCAGCCUCAGCCUCAGCCUCACCCACCCAAGCACCUGAACUUUUAUUGACCAAGGGCGUGAGCGUGCGCGCGAGUGUUUAUAAAGCGGGGACACGAGGCACUAAACAGAACUAAGCAACUCGUAAGUUAUGCUCAUACGCGGGGUCCGCCGGGUCCACACCGCAGCAGCAGCAGCAGCAGCAGCAUCGGCCGCCGCCGCCGCCGCCAAGAAGCUCCAGCUCCUCGCACACCACAGACGCACCAAAUCAAAGCCCCCCGCACACCAGGCCUCCCGCCACCCGACCAAUGCGCAGUCCGUUUCCGAGCAGGAAAUCUGGGCGUACCUCCAGCGCAACAACAUCCACCGCGCAGUGGCGCUCAGCCGCAAAGCCCCGGCGCUCUCUGCCUUGACCUACUUUAUGCUGGCCAAGCGGCGCUUCACCGCGCCAUGCCUCGUGGCCGGCGCCCUGUGUGCAUUGCGCACGGGUGGCGGGGAGUUUCUCUCAACGCUGGUGGCGGCGCUGCUGGCGGACGGCGACGCUGCGCUGGUCGACCAGUAUGCGGCGCUGCCGCCCGCGGACCGCCAGGCUGCGGACGAUGCGCUGGCCGGGUGCGCGCUGUUUUAUUAUCUGCGGGCCGGUGAUGCACAUCGCGCACACAUGGUCGGCCAAGUGAUGACGCCGGGCGCGCGCGCGGAGAUCCGCCAGCGCGCUGGGGCGGAGGCUGCGCAGGGUGGCUGGCUGGGCGCUGGGGCGGCCACUGCGCAGAGUGGCUGGCUGGCCACCGGGGCGGCCACCGCGCAGAAUGCCUGGCUGGAGACCGCGCCGGCCACCGCCCCGGCCACCGCCCCGGCAGCGGUGCUCGGCCGCGUGCGCGCCGCAUGGAUGCUGCGGCGGCCCGAUGCGGCGUUCGGCGCCGGCGGCAUUGCGGCGGCCGCCGAGGCGGUCGCCCAGCUGCUGCGCCGCGGCAUCGUCGCCGACGCCGCCUGCCUUUUGACCCUGGCGUCCUCCGCCGUGCGCACACGCGACGCGCGCUGCCUGCUUCCGCUGUACGCGUCGCGCGAAACCGGCACCCGUGCACUGGGCGCCGCCGCGCUGGUGCGGCUGGCAGGGGCGCGCGCGGAAAUGGCAGCGCGCAGCCCGCGCAUCCACUACGAUGUGCUGGCGACGCUUGUGCGGCAGGACAUGCUGGACAUGGCGCUGCACGUGGCGGCGGCGCUGCCCAGCAGCCGCCAGGCAAUGCACCUUGUGCUGCAGCUGUGGGCCGCCAGGCACCCGGGCGGCUGGCGCGGGAUCGGGCGGUGCGCCCGUGCGCUGGCCGGCUGCGCGCCCAUUCUGCACGCAACCCACCACCUGGCCGUGUCGUCGGUGGUGCGUGCGCUGCGCCAUGUCAGUGCGGCGGAUGCGCCGCUGGUGCUGGACUGCGCGCUGCGCGUGCACCGGCUGCUGGCGCCGCGGCUGGCGUCGGUGUCGGAGGCCGCCGUGCACCAGCUGCUGGCGGCGCUGGCGCAGCACGGCCGCGCGGCCGAUGCCUUCUCGGUCUACCGCGCGCUCGAGCGCCUCGGGCUGCUGGCCCCCGCAGGCUCCGAGGCGCUGCUGGCCGCGCUGGCUGCGCCGCUGGCCGCGCAUGGCGACCUGCGCGCCGUCUCCCACCUGGCGCUCGCCGCCACGCGCCGCGGGCUCCCCCUCGGCGCCCACUUCUACACGGCCGUGAUCUGCGGCCUGGUCGCGCGCAACCCGCCGACCCUGCAGCGGCUGCAGGCGGCCGAGUCGAUGCUCGAGACCAUGCGCCGCAGCCGCAUCCAUGUGCCGCAGAAAGUGUGCCACCGGCUGGCGUACGCCUGCGCCGUGCUCGGCAGCCCGCACCGCGCCCAGGCGUACUUUGACCGCAUCCGGCGCGCGCCCACGCAGGGCGCCGGGCUGGCCGCCUGGGGCUGUCUGAUGUACGCGUACCUGCGCGCGCAGGACGCUGCCGGCGUGCUGCGCGUGCUGGAGGGCGCGCGCCAGUGGUGUGCCGCCCAGCGCCUCGUCAAGGGGGGGCAGGGGCCUGGGAGGCCGGGGUACUUGGUCAACAUGGCGAUGCUGGCUCUGAUUCGUGACGCGCGGCCGCGCGCCGCCCUCUCGUUGCUCGACGCCAGUAUGGCGCAGGCCGCAGCGGGCCCCGGCGCCCUGGCGGUGACCCCGGCGGACCCCAUAACGCUGGGGCUGAUUCUCGCUGCGCUGCUGGCCAACAACCAGCUGUCCCAGGCCGCCGCCAUCUACGACAGCAUCCACCGCCACUAUAGCAUUGCCGAAACCCCCGCGGGGCUCAAGCCCUUGCUGCGCUUCUGCCUCGCCCACGGCGAUCUUGCCUCUGCCCUGCGGAUCACACAGCGGAUUCUAGCGCUUGGCGGCGCGCUGACGGACGCCCAAUGGGCGCGGCUCCUGCGCUUAUGCGUGGCGGAGAGUCGAUACGAGGCCAUCGGCUGCCUAUACGAUCAAAUGCGCGAGCACCCGGAUGGCAAUAUACCCAAGGUGUUUUUCAAGUACCCGGGCGUGGCGGAGGAUGUAAUGUGGGCGCUGCGCUUGUGCGGCGGCAGAGAGCGGGAGGUUAGGGAGAUUGCGCGCACAUUGGGUCUGGGCUCGGGCUCGGGCUCGGGCUUGGCUGGAGUUGGUGUAGGGAGGCAGGAGAAGCUUGCGCUGUUUCGCCGAUUGCUGCGGGAUGUAGGUGGCUUUCCUGUGGCUGACUUGAGGCGGAAAAUGCGCAGGAAUGUGCGCUUUUGUUUUGAUCUUUACCGCGAUGAAAAGGAGGAGGACAGGAUUGCAGGAUUGGUGAAGGAUGGGUGGUCGCAGGCUGCUUGGGUGCGCAGCUGGCAGACCGAUGACCCUCAGGCAUGUGCGGACAUUAUUCACGAGCAAAAAAAAAUUCAAAUCAUAUAAAAUAACAAACUAAUAAUAAGCUUAAAAACCACCCAAUUUUUUUGGCUUUAAUCAUUUCGAGUCUCUUUCGAUACGCAAGUUUUAUUGAUGGGGGGUGUGAAUGAACUGUUCCUGAUUCACUCAGGUUCAAACGCAAUACUUGCCAUAUGAGGGCAUGAAACUCCAAAAAUACCAAAAACAUAUCGUUGCACCUACAUAGUAAGCGAUAUUUCGCCAUUAUCGGUAUAAUGUAUUUGAACACGCCUAUCCCUUGGGUGGAA